CAUUGUAUCGAAAAAGUCCAUAAUUGGCUGCCGGUAGCACGCCGACACGACGUUGAGCAGCGGAAGUACUACAGCAGUAUCUGUGUACGCGAAGUGGCAAGAAAUCUGCAGUCUCGGACAACUGCAGAGCUUUUAAUCACACAAAAGGCAAGACCGCAGCAACAGCGGCAAAAACAAGCGCGAGCGCGUCAGAGACGCUGCCACUGACGCCGUCGACGCGUGAGCAGCACCAGCGACGCGCGCGGAAACUAAAAAUGAACGCACGACAAGCUACGCCCGCCGAGACCGUGGCCGCACCGGCACGCGGCUUUCUCGACGCCUGCGAGACUUUUGCUGAUGAGGCGUCGAGCAGCAGCGUCGACGCGUCCACAGUCGACCGGUUCCGCGCCGAGGCGCGCAAGGCCGCGGCGCGGUCGGCGUCCGACGCCGCGCGCCUAGAGGCGAGCGAGCAGGCGGCGGCGCGGGCGCGCAUAGACCGCGACCGCGCCGAGCGGGAUCGCGCGCGCCUGGAAAACGAGGUCGCGCGCCUCCGACGAGCCGUGUCCAACGAGCCCGCGGACAUGCGAAGGGAACAUUCGUCUUUUGACCGCCUGAAGGACUUGUUUGACUCUUUGAGGAACGCGCGGCGGAACGGCUCUAGACUACACGUCGGCGAGGGCGGCCGCGACGACUCCGACAGCGACGGCUUUCGAUGUCCGCCGUCGCCCUGCUGGUCGUCGCCCGUGCCCUUUUCGCAGCGGCGCGUGCCCGAGGCGCGCCAAAAAGAGGCGGGCUGCUGGUGCUGCGCCGCGGACGACGACGACCGCGACGCCCGCCUCGUCUUCGCGGCGCCGUCGUCGCCGCUGCGGUCGCCGCCGCGGUCGCCCUUAUUUCUGGAGGCGGGGCGCGACCCGGGGCGGCUCCUGGGCGCGUGA